AUGUCCAAAUCACGCCGGAACGUUAGGUUUCAACAUCGGGCGUCCAACGGAUCCGAAAAUCGACGCCCAAGUAUCUCGGAUGCUAGCGAUGUCGUCUCCGAACCCGGUAGUCCGUCCAAGAACGGCGGCGUGUCCAAACAAGCGACGAUUCCCGAAGAGAAGUCCAAGAAGCCGCAGCUGUCCGAGUACGAGAAAAAGAGGCAGACCUUCAUCACCCGCACAAUAUGGACCUUCGUGAUGAUUGCCGGUUUCUUCAUCUCCAUGUUCUCCGGUCACAUCUACAUCAUUGGCCUCAUUUCGGCCAUACAGAUUGUCUCGUUCAAGGAGGUGAUUGCCAUUGCCAACGUCCCCAGUCGCGAGAAGAACCUUCGAUUUACCAAGUCGCUCAACUGGUACUUCCUGGCUACGACGAUGUACUUUCUUUACGGAGAAAGUGUCAUCUACUAUUUCAAGCACAUUCUCCUGGUUGACAAAGUGCUGCUGCCUCUGGCGACUCACCACCGGUUUAUCAGUUUCACGCUAUACGUCAUGGGAUUUGUUUUCUUCGUUGGCUCCUUGCAGAAGGGCCACUAUCGGUUCCAGUUCACUCAAUUCGCCUGGACUCACAUGGCUUUGUACCUAAUUGUUGUGCAAGCACACUUUGUCAUGAACAACAUCCUGGAGGGUAUGAUCUGGUUCUUCCUGCCUGCCUCCCUGGUCAUCACGAACGAUAUUUUCGCCUAUGUCUGCGGAAUCACUUUCGGUCGGACCCAGCUCAUCCAAUUGUCGCCCAAGAAGACGGUCGAGGGAUUCCUUGGUGCCUGGAUCUGCACCAUCAUCUUCGGCUAUUUCAUGACCAAUGUCCUGAUGCGCUACAAAUACUUCAUCUGCCCGGUGAACGACCUCGGAUCCAACGUUCUGACCGGACUGGAAUGCACUCUCAACCCUGCCUUCGUGCCCCAGCCCUACUCUUUCCCCUUCCCCGAAUGGACCGGUCUAGACAAGAUCUUCUACGUUGAGCCCAUGCAGUUCCACAUCUUGGUGUUUGCGAGUUUCGCCUCCCUCAUUGCGCCUUUCGGCGGCUUCUUCGCUUCCGGACUCAAGCGGACGUUCAAGAUCAAGGACUUUGGCGAGUCGAUCCCCGGCCAUGGUGGUAUCACCGAUCGCAUGGACUGCCAAUUUAUCAUGGGAUUCUUUGCGUACAUGUACUACCACAGCUUCAUCGCUGUGUACAAGGCCAGCGUUGGUGACAUUAUUGAGACCGCUAUCAAUGGAUUGACCGUUGAGGAGCAGCUCGAGGUGGUCCGCGGCCUUGGCAAGUACCUGUACAACCAGGGAACAGUCUCCGAGACGAUCUUGGAUUGCUUGACCACCGAACUCAAACGACGAUAA